GCCAGAGCAAAGUCCAAGUAUUUAUCACAAGGUGUCUUUGCUAAAAUCUGUUCACUUGCAGCAAUGAUUUGGACAAGAUCUCCUUGCAUUCUCUCUUUCAUCUUGUUUUUUGCCCAUAUAGCUGCUGUAUCGAUUAAACAUCUUUCCAAAGGAAAUGUACAUGAUGGAGAUUUUGAUGAACAGAAGGAUAUUACAGAGAUCAACUUAGAGUCCCUCUCCUGGCCCAUCAUAUGAACAACAUCAAACUAGCAACUAUUUGCCUAGGACUCAGAAAAGAGUGUAAAGUGUCUCCGUUUCAACAUCUUGACCACACACAUAUGCCAUGAAGACAUCCGUCAGUCUCACCCAUCACUGAGAGAAGAAGAUGCCAUAUGCAGGCUUGGACCUCUUUCAAGGGGACAUCCUCCUGCAGAAUUCCAGAAAUGGCCUGAGAGACCCCAACACCAGAUGGAAGUUCCCCAUACCGUAUAUUCUGGCCAACAAUCUGGCGCUGAAUGCCAAAGGGGCCAUUCUCUAUGCCUUUGAAAUGUUCCGCCUCAAGUCCUGUGUAGAUUUCAAGCCUUAUGAAGGAGAGAGCUCGUAUAUCAUCUUUCAGAAGUUUGACGGAUGCUGGUCUGAGGUUGGUGACCAACACGUUGGACAGAACCUUUCCAUUGGCCAAGGAUGUGACUAUAAGGCCAUCAUUGAACAUGAGAUCCUGCAUGCUUUGGGGUUUUACCAUGAGCAGUCAAGGACCGACCGGGAUGAUUAUGUGAACAUCUGGUGGGAUGAAAUUCUUCCAGGUUACCAGCAUAACUUUAACACCUACGAUGACAACUUCAUCACAGACCUCAACACACCUUAUGAUUACGAGUCUCUGAUGCACUAUGGGCCUUUCUCAUUUAACAAGAAUGACAGUGUUCCUACCAUCACAACCAAGAUCCCUGAGUUUAACACCAUCAUCGGGCAGCGCCUGGACUUCAGUGAGGUUGAUUUGGAGAGGCUGAACCGAAUGUACAACUGCACCACAACUCACACCUUUUUGGACCACUGUGCUUUUGAGAAGGCAAACAUCUGUGGGAUGAUUCAGGGUACCAGAGAUGAUGCUGACUGGGUCCAUGAAGACAGCGCCCAGCCUGGACAAGUGGAUCACACCUUGGGGGGACAAUGCACAGGUGCUGGCUACUUCAUGCACUUCGACACCAGCUCGGGGGCAGUGGAGGAGGCAGCCCUGCUGGAGUCUCGGAUUCUUUACCCCAAGAGGAAGCAGCAAUGCCUACAGUUUUUCUAUAAGAUGACAGGGAGCUCUUCAGACAGACUUGUCGUCUGGGUCAGGAGGGACGACGGCACAGGCAACGUUCGCAAGCUGGUCAAGAUGAAGACCUUUCAAGGAGAUUUUGACCAAAAUUGGAAAAUUGCUCAUGUUCCACUCAGAGAAGAAAAGAAGUUUCGCUACCUUUUCCAGGGCACGAAAGGUGAUCCCCAGAACUCAAAUGGGGGCAUUUACCUGGAUGAUGUCACUUUGACGGAAACCCCAUGCCCCACGGGUGUUUGGACAGUCCGGAAUUUCUCCCAGGUCCUGCAGGACACCGUUCAGGGGGACAAGCUCCAGAGCCCUCGAUUCUAUAGCUCAGAGGGCUACGGCUUGGGGCUGACCUUAUACCCUCAUGGUGGCAUGAACUCCGAGCACUCUGAGUACGUGGGACUUGCCUUUCACCUGUGCAGUGGAGAGAAUGACGCGGUCCUGGAGUGGCCCGUGGAAAACAGGCAGGUGAUCAUGACGAUACUGGACCAGGAACCGGAUGUCAGGAAGAGAAUGUCCUCAAGCAUGGUGUUCACUACCUCCAAGUCCCAGACCUCAGCGGCAAUAAACGGCUCAGUCAUUUGGGACCGGCCGUCCAUCGUGGGAUCCUAUCAUAACAGCUGUGAUUGUUUUAGAACCAUCGACUGGGGCUGGAGUGGUGUCAUCUCUCACCAGAUGCUGAAAAGGAAGAGUUUCCUUAAAAACAAUGACCUUAUCCUGUUUGUGGACUUUGAAGAUAUCACCCAUCUUAACCAGACUGAAGUUGACGUUAAAGACAGCAGGCUGACCCCCCGCGGCCUUAUUCUCCAAGGCCAGGAGCAGCAGGUCUCUGAAGAAGCUUCCAGAAAGGCCUCCUUAGAGAAAGCCCUCCUGGAGAGCCCGGCCCAGGGGCAUUCCGGACGACAGAAGCGGUCGGUGGACAACACAGGCCCCCUGGAGGACCCCACCUGGCCGCAGUACUUCAGAGACCCCUGUGACCCGAACCCUUGCCAAAAUGAAGGCAUCUGCGUGAACGUGAAGGGGAUGGCGAGCUGCAGGUGCGUUUCCAGUCGUGCCUUCUUCUACACGGGGGAGCGAUGCCAGGCCAUGCAGGUGCACGGCAGCAUCCUGGGCCUGAUGCUCGGUGGCGCAGCCAGCCUGAUCUUGAGCUUCACCAUCGUCUCCAUCCUUCACCAAAGGCCAAGGCAGUGAUGCAGAUGUCGGCCAGACCAGCGGAAAUGCCUCCUCCGCUCAGAACUUCCCUUCCCAGACUCAGCACAGUUUCGGGUGUCUUUUUUACCAGCCUUGCUUUGCCUCCAGCCUCCUGUGUGACCCUUCUGGUUCUCCUGCCACCUAUGCCCAGGUAACAGGUUCUAUUACCCUGCUCUGUGCUCCAUAUGUAUCUAGAGUGUCCUGCGAGGAAACUCAUUCCACUUCGCCACAUACCCCUUGUUUAAGAGACUGUCUUUCCUGUAGACUGUAAGCUCCCUGCAGGCAGACCCUCCUUUACUGUGUUAGCCCAAUGCCAGGGAGCCUGCCUGGCCUGACCCACACAGUCCUUCAGUAAAAUGCAUGAAUGAACUAGCAAUUGAAUGAAUAACUAAGAUAUAGAAAUUCUCUCAUUUUUACUGCAGAUAAGACAUAUAUAAGCACAGGUAUACAUCAUUUGUCCUAGAACCAAAUACUCAAAUAUCUGUUUUCCACCAGACACGACAGCAUUAUUACUCUUUUAGGGUCGUGUGUUAAAGGAUUUUUAAAUAGAGUCCUCCUGGCAGGAGCAUUUGCCUUCCUCCUCUGAUUCUAAGGAAAAGUCUUUAAUACAUUCAAUAAAUAUUUUGUCAGUA